CCACAAAUCGGAAGUGAAGGCCGGGGCAGCCGAUCUUAGUGACGUUUUGGACAGAAACUAAUCGAAGUCAAAAUUGAGAGGAUUUUGGCACACGGGGGUAUACGAAGAAUAAGGUGGAGUGUGAAUUUGUAUCUCAUAAUCACCGGUGAAGAGCCCUACCUUUUGGCCUCCUCAGUGUCCAGCUUUGACAGUUCAGCUGCACCCAGCCUGCCUCAGCCCCCCCCCCCCCGACCCCGUCUCCAGCCUCUGCUCCAGCCCCUUCCAUUAACCUCCGUCAGGCCUCCACAUCCACCCAGAGCUGCCCCCACCUCCUGUCUUCGCCGAGCCGUCAGAUCAGAACCAUGGCAGGUCGAGGAGGACCGGCACGGACCAACGGCGCAGCUGCGAGCAACAAGAUCUGCCAGUUCAAGCUGGUGCUGCUGGGAGAGUCAGCGGUGGGCAAGUCUAGUCUGGUGCUGCGCUUCGUUAAAGGCCAGUUCCACGAGUACCAGGAGAGCACCAUCGGAGCUGCCUUCCUCACACAGACGGUCUGUUUGGACGAUACAACGGUCAAGUUUGAGAUCUGGGACACUGCAGGGCAGGAGCGGUAUCACAGCCUGGCGCCCAUGUACUACAGAGGAGCCCAGGCUGCCAUCGUGGUGUACGACAUCACCAACACAGACACAUUCACACGUGCAAAGAACUGGGUAAAGGAGCUCCAGCGACAAGCCAGCCCCAAUAUCGUCAUCGCACUGGCCGGGAACAAAGCUGAUCUUGCCAACAAAAGAGCUGUGGACUUCCAGGAAGCACAAGCAUACGCAGAUGACAACAGUUUGCUCUUCAUGGAGACCUCAGCCAAGACUGCUAUGAACGUCAAUGAGAUAUUUAUGGCCAUUGCCAAGAAGCUUCCCAAGAAUGAGCCCCAGGGAGGAGCGGGGGCUGGCGGCCGGGCCAGAGGCGUGGACCUGCAGGAGGCUGCUCCACAGGGCAGGAGUGGUCAGUGCUGUGGGGGUGGAAACUAACUAGCGCACCAAAGCCAACGGAAGAAAACUCAUCAACCAACCUGCAGUAUCAACCAAGCAGACCAGACAUCCACCAGCUGGCAUACACACCCUAUGGUCUGACCAACUACCAAGCACCAAUCAACGAAGAGAGAAACAUGCCUGCUGGCCAAUCCACUGUCUGUCCAAGCCCACGGUUUCAGCAAAUGAUCAGACCAACAGACAAACAAAGCAUUUGACCUACAUGAAGAUACCCAGUUUUAACUCUGCAGGGCAUUGCAACCCAUUAUAUUUCCAACAACGGACAUUUGGUGGUGACACAAUAAAACGACACAACAGGCAGGAAAAAAUAAAGAAAAGAUUGGUGAGAAUCAAUCGCACUUAACGAGCCAGCUGCUCGACUUUUUCUCUGUAUUUCUGUAAAGAAAAAUAAAAAUUGUGACGCAACUGGGAGGAAUAUUAACAGGCUCUUGGCCCUCUCCUUUCUCUCCCGCUGCAUUUUCCUCUCCUUGUCACUUUAUGUACCAUAAUACUACAGUAUUUUGUAUAAUGUCUCCUCCCACUGGUCAAACUCUAACCUUGUUUAGUUUGGUGGUGGAUGGUUGUAGCAACUCGCAUUCAUUUUCUCCAGCCCCUCAACAGUAAUUUGGGAUAAAGGAACGGAGGGUUCAGCCCAAGAAGGAGUUUUGAGAAAGGACAGUUAUUUCCUUCCAGAAAUAGCAGUUAUGUAGAUUAACUGAAUUAUUAAAUUGUUAUUGUUAUUACAAUUGUUAUUAUCAUUUCUUUUGGCACACAUUUUACAGUAUGAUUUAAAAGGUUAGACCACCUAAGGUUUUCUUAAUCUAUAUCCAACCGUAUACAUAGUGCAUUAUUAACAUUGUCACCAAUCAGUCAUUUUAGCAUUAAUGUAAUAUCUCUGAAUCAUCCAUGUACAAUGAAAAAAAAAAAAAAAAAACAUGAAA